GUGAGGAGAGAGCCUUGGGCCAGAAGUUGGGGGACCUGGGCUCUACCCCUGACUCACCAUGUGACCUUAGAGAAGUCACUUCCCCUCUGUGGAACCCAGCAUUCCUGCCUUAAAAGCGGCCAUAAUGCAGGAGGACUGGAGAGCAUUGAGGAGGACGGUGUGACCCCGGAGGAAUCUGGAGUCCAAGUUCUAGGGGACAAGGGAUCUGAGGCUGGCUCUUCAAUGAUCACAUCUGCAUCUGGGGCACCCCGGACAUUGAGGAAAAAGACCCAGGCUCGACCCUUGCUUCACUGUGCGGCCUUGGCUCUUCCCUCUCCGGACUGUCCCCUACCCCUAGAGGAGCAUGGAAUGGCUGACAGACUCCUUCCACCCAGGGCCCAGGAAGCAGUGACAUUCAAGGAUGUGUACGUGGACUUCACCCUCGAAGAGUGGGGACACCUGGGCCCUGCCCAAAGGGACCUCUACAGGGAGGUGAUGCUGGAGAACUACAGGAACCUGGUCUCCCUAGGAGCUGAAUUCCCAAGUGCCAAACCAAAGCUAAUCUCCCAGUUGGAGCAAAGCAGAGAGCCAUGGUCAUUGGAAGAAGAUCCACGUGGCCCCUGUCCAGAUGGGCACCCCAAUCCUGAGAUUCUGGAUUCAGUGCCACACCAGGAAGUUUCUGAAAAAUCAUCCUCUCAGGAAGAAAGAUUUGAAGGUCUCAGAAGAGAUGACUUGGGAUGGACAUCGAGAGAUGCAUUGGAAAAUGAGGGCCGAAGAGCCCCACAGCAGGACAGCCAGGACCCCCCUGUAGCACCACUAGCCAUCACCCGCAAAGAAAUGCCCUCUAGGGAGGGAGGCUAUGAAUGUAACAAAUUCUUUGGACAUUUGGGCCUGAGGAACCUUGCCACAACACAGCGAGAGACCGCAUCAGAAGAGACACUCCUCCAUCAUGGUGACGGAGAGAGCUUCCAACAAAAUCCAGGCACAGUUAAGCUUCAGAGAACCAGUGGGGAGAAAAGACCUUUUAAAUGUACUGAGUGUGAAAGGACUUUUCUUUAUCAGUCAGACCUUAUUAUACACCAGAGAAUUCACACUGGAGAGAAACCCUACAAAUGUAACGACUGUGGUAAAGCCUUCAGUAAUAGUUCCUACUUUAUUCAGCAUCAUAUAAUUCAUACUGGAGAGAAACCUUAUGCAUGCAAUAUAUGUGGGAAAACCUUCAGCCAGAGUUCAUCCCUUACUGAACAUCAGCGAAUUCACACUGGAGAGAAACCCUAUUCAUGCAAAGAGUGUGGGAAGGCCUUCACCCAGAGCUCAUCCCUUAUUAAGCACCAGCGAUGUCAUACUGGAGAAAAGCCCUUUAAAUGUAAAGAAUGUGGGAAAGCCUAUACCCAGGUUUCACACGUUGCACGACAUAGAAAAAUUCAUACAGGUGAGAGACCCUAUAAAUGUAAUGAAUGUGGGAAAGCCUUUUUUCAUACUGCAUCCCUUACUCAACAUCAGGCAAUUCAUACAGGAGAGAAACCAUAUAAAUGUAACGAAUGUGGGAAAACCUUCAGCCAUAGCUCAUCCCUUACUCAGCACCAGAGAGUUCACACUGGAGAGAAGCCCUAUGAAUGCAGUGACUGUGGCAAGUCCUUUAGCCACAGCUCCUCUCUUACUCAACAUCAGCGGAUUCACACUGGUGAGAAACCCUAUGGGUGCAAUGAAUGUGGGAAGGCCUACACCCAGAUUUCACAUCUUAUGCGCCAUCAAACCGUUCAUAUGGGAGAAAAGCCCUAUAUAUGUAAUGAGUGUGGGAAGGCCUUCAGCCACACUUCAUCCUUUACUCAACACCUGACAGUUCACACUGGAGAGAAACCAUAUAAGUGUAAUGAAUGUGGGAAGACUUUCAGCCAGAACUCAUCCCUCACACGACAUUUGAGAAUUCACACCGGAGAGAAACCCUACGUAUGCAAGGAGUGUGGGAAGCGUUACACUCAGGUUUCACAUCUUAUUCAGCACAAGAGAAUUCACACUGGAGAGAAACCUUACCGGUGUGGUGAGUGUGGGAAGGCCUUCAGCCGGAGCACACACCUUAAUGAACAUCAGAAAAUUCAUACUGGAGAAAAACCCUAUAAAUGUAAUGAAUGCGGGAAAUCUUUUAGCCACAGCUCAUCGCUUAAUCAACAUCAGAGGAUUCAUACUGGAGAGAAACCUUAUGAAUGUGAUGACUGUGGGAAAACCUUUAGCCAGAGUAUACACCUUAUUCAGCAUCAGAGAAUUCAUACUGGGGAGAAACCCUAUGAAUGUAAUGAAUGUGGAAAGGCCUUCGGUCACCACUCCAACCUUAUUCGACACCAGAGAAUCCAUACAGGAAACAGACCCUAUGAGUGUAGUGAAUGUGGGAAACUCUUCAGUCAUAGCUCAUCCCUUAUCCAGCACCAGAUAACCCACACCGGAGAGAAACCUUACAAGUGUAAAGAUUGUGGCAAAGCCUUCAGCCGGAGUGCCUAUCUGACAGAACACCAGCGAAUUCAUGUUGGAGAGAAGCCCUAUGAAUGUGGUGCUUGUGGGAAAGCUUUCAGCCGGAGCACAUACCUUGCCCAGCAUCAGAGAGUUCACAUCAGGGAGAAGCCCUUUGAAUGUGGGCAGUGUGGGAAAACCUUCAGCCACCGAUCGGCCAUUGCCCAACAUCAGAUCAUUCAUACGGGAGAGAAACCUUAUGAGUGUAUUGAGUGUGGGAAAGCCUUCAGCAGGAGCACGUACCUUAGUCAACAUCAGAAAAUUCACAUUGGGGAGAAGCCCUAUGAAUGUGGGCAGUGUGGGAAAACUUUCAGCCACCGAUCGGCUAUCGCACAACACCAAAUCAUUCAUACAGGAGAGAAGCCUUAUGAGUGCAGCAUUUGUGGGGAAGCCUUCAGCCGAAGCGCCCACCUCACUCGCCACCAAAGGACUCACACCAGAGAAAGGCCCUACGAGUGCAGUGAGUGUGGGAAGGCCUUCAGUCAUAGUUCCACCCUCAUUCAGCAUCAGAUAAUCCACACCGGGGAGAAGCCCUAUGAAUGUAAUAUGUGUGGAGAAGCCUUCAGCCGGAGCGCCCAUCUCACCCGCCACCAAAGGACUCACACCAGAGAGAAACCCUAUGAAUGCACUGAGUGUGGGAAGGCCUUCAGCCAUAGCUCUACCCUCAUUGAACACCAAUUCAUUCACACUGGAGAGAAGCCCUAUAAGUGUAAUGAAUGUGGGAAGGCCUUCAGCCGGAGCACCUAUCUUACUCAGCACCAGAGAAUCCACACUGGAGAGAAGCCCUAUAAAUGUAAAGAGUGUGGGAAGGCCUUCCGUCUCCGCUCAACCCUUACUCAACAUCAAAUCAUCCACACUGGAGAAAAACCCUAUGAAUGCAGUGAGUGUGGGAAGGCCUUCAGCCACACCUACUGUCGAUCUUACCUCAGCGAACACCGGAGGAUUCACACUGGCGAGAAGCCUUACGAAUGCAGUGAGUGUGACAAGGUCUUCAGGCAGCGGUCCACCCUGAUUCGGCACUGGAGAAUCCACACUGGCAAGAAGCCCUAUGAAUGUCACGAGUGCGGGAAGGCUUUUAUCCAGCAGACCAAACUUACUGAACAUCAGAGAAUCCAUACGGGAGAGAAACCCUUUGAUUGUAAGGACUGUGGUAAAUUCUUCUCAAGGAGAUCACACCUGAUGCAGCACUGGAGGAGUCACACUGGAGAGAAGCCCUACGAAUGUAACCUGUGUGGCAAGGCCUAUGGGCGGUAUUCAGCCCUGAGCGAUCAUAAGAGAAUUCACACGGGAGAGAAGCCUCACUUGUGUAUCCAGUGUGGGAAGACCUUCAGCCGGAGCUCCGUCCUCACUCAGCAUCGGCAAAUCCAUACUGGGGAAAAGCCUUAUGAGUGCAGUGAAUGUGGGAAGGCUUUCAAUCGGAGCUCUAAUUUUUUUCUGCACCAGAGAAUUCACACUGGAGAAAAACCCUACGAGUGCAAUGAAUGUGGCAGAGCCUUUAGCCGGAGCUACAAUUUUUUUCUACACCAGAGAAUUCACACCGGAGAAAAGCCUUAUGAGUGCGGUGAAUGUGGGAAAGCCUUUAGUCGGAGGUCUAAGUUUUUUCUACAUCAGAGAAUUCACACCAGAGAAAACCCUCUGAAUGUAGGCGAGUGCCUCUGUGGGCUAGAAACACAGUAAGGGGCCCUCAGUGUGUGAUGGAAUCAUGGGACAGCAGUGUGUAGGGCUUGGGUGAUUGAACCGAAGGCCAGUCUU